CUGGCCUAGCAUGUUACUGAUACAUGAAUUGUUAUGAAAAAGUAGGUUUACUAUAAUUCACUCUGAGUCCUACAUUUACAGUACUGUACUAUCAGUGAAAUAAUGAAUUUGUGAUAAAAUAGGGGCUGGGCUAAAUCAAAAUGAUGGUGGUGCAAUUGCCAAUAAGAAGUGUUGCUGCUAUAAAGUUGGAUUUAAUUUCCUUCAGAUUGUUAUGGCAAUGUAAUAAUGCACACAAUCCAGAGUUUUCACUGAUUUAAUGUAAAUCAACUUUUGACAGGGAACAAGGCCUGAACCACUCACAUACUGUAGCAGCUGUUCUUAUCAGUGAAGACGUCGACAUGCCAUGCAUUCAUUUAAAUACAAUGUAAGAAUGUAUGUUUUUAAAGGGGCCAAAUACAAAACUACUGGAGUAGGAAGGAAUAUUUUAAACAAAACAACGAAAAAGAAAAUGUGUGAAAUAAUUAAUAGGUGGUUGACUUCUAUAAGAUAAUCUCCAACUUUCCCACGCAAUUAUCUGCUAACAGGCCAGCUGCCGUUUCUCAGUCAGGAAGUUGUUUACUGAUAAUGUUUUGGACUGGCCCCUUUUAGACUGGUCUGUUUAAAAAAGACUACAGAGCAUCACCGCUCAAAAGAAAAAGCUGUCAGGCUUCUGUGAACAGCACCAUGAGAUUCAUUCGUACUGUGUGCUUCAAGAGUGCUCGUUAUCCUCAAGUCUCGGAUCUUUCUUUAAGGAGUCACUGAACUGCAAGCCCUCAUUAUGAGACGAGAUCUGGUUUUACUUGUGACCCUCGUCAGCCUCUUCUGUCUGUCUCUGCUGAGAUCUGUGCAUUCUCAGCACAUAGCAGAGGAGCCCUGCUCAGUACAGAUCCUAGUGCCAGGACUGAAAGGGGAUGCUGGAGAGAAAGGAGAGAAAGGAGCCCCGGGGCGACCUGGCAGAGCAGGACCCCCUGGUGAAAUCGGUAAUACAGGGUUAAAGGGCCAAAAAGGUCUAAUUGGACGGCAUGGGAAAAUAGGCCCCAUUGGCGCAAAAGGUGAAAAGGGAGACAUAGGUGAUGCUGGGCCCCGUGGAUUAAAUGGAGAACCAGGAAUACCUUGCGAAUGUGCUCCUUUAAGGAAGAUGAUCGGUGAAAUGGACAUCCUAGUGGCACAUUUAACAAAUGAAUUAAAAUUCAUAAAAAAUGCACUGCCCUCCCCCGCAGCUGUCGCUGGUGUGAGAGAGUCGGACAGUAAGAUCUACAUGCUGGUCAAGGAAGAGAAACGCUACGAGGAUGCCGAAGCCUACUGCCAAGGGAGAGGAGGACAUCUGAGCAUGCCUAAGGACGAGACAGCCAACGGGAUGGUAGCCUCUUACAUCAGCCAAGCAGGACUCAACAGGGUGUUUAUUGGUAUCAACGAUCUGGAGAAAGAGGGGCACUUUACUUAUGUGGAUAGAUCCACCAUGACCACCUUUAACAAGUGGCGCACUGGGGAACCUAAUAAUGCCUAUGAUGAAGAGGACUGUGCUGAGAUGGUGGCCUCUGGUGGCUGGAAUGAUGUAGCUUGUCACAUUACCAUGUAUUUUGUCUGUGAAUUUGAUAAAGACACUGUAUAACCAACAGCAAGUAAGCAGUCUUGUUGACUGUGAAUGGAAAUCACCAUUUAAAGGUGUGAUUAUGACAAUUCCAGAGCUGUACAUCUGGACAUGAGCAUCACAAUCAGAAUACAUGGGGGCAAAAAGUGGAGUAAAAUGUAUUCUUAUUGGAACGUUAUACAAUUGUGAAUCAUUUUAAAGAACAUGUAUUAAUGUAAUAAUAAGCAGAUAUAUAACUAUUUUGGAUAAAAUAACAUAACUGACUUUUAUUAUUAAACAAAUAAAUGUGAUUUUAGA